AAAUACCGGUACCAAACUUCCAACCCUAACGGCUAGAUUGCUUCCGAUCACGAUCAUCGAGAGGCCGGUGACUCGCGAGAUCGAUCCCCAUCUUGAUCUGCUUCUGCUUGAUGUGGGUGUUCCAGUGAUUCUUGAUCUCUUUGUCGGUUCUACCACGCAAUGUUCCAGUGAUUCAAGAACAAUUACACACCCCCUAAUAAUAAACAACUAGUACCACAAUAACAAUUAUUGCUCUUUUUUUUUUUUUUGUACUGGAUGCUGGGCUUAAAGCCUAAUACGAAAGCUAUGGGCUCUUCCUACCUGGGUCCAAUGUUCAAACUAAAGAGCCCAGCAUCGGAAGCAAUCAAUUCAGUGCGGGGGAAAAAGAAAUUAAAGAAAAACAAAUUAGUGACCCGACCCGACCCGGCCCGACCCGGAACGAGAACUGAUACUGUGUGUGCCGUAUAAUUCUCGCCAACCAUCAUGUUCUUCACAGGCUCCCUCAAUUCCUCCCUCUCUCCCUCUCUCUCGCGCCCAUAUUGCACGGUCGCGAUCCCGAGCACGUUGCAGCCACGCGAAUUGCGCGGGUCACCUGUUCGACGUAAUUCCUGAACUAAAAACACCAGCAUCCAAGAACCCGGCGGCAGGAGGGAAGCAAAAAAAAAAGAGCAAAUCCGAGAUCUGCAACAACGAUCGAGCAGCAGAAAACGAUAUGUGGAGGCGCGUCUCUUCGCUUUCUCCAUUUCUCUCUUCCUCCAAAUCGUCCUCGCUCGCCCUGGCAGGCAAUGGAUGGAACGCAUGUGGAUCGCUAGCUAUGGACUCCCCCUUUUCGCAGGUAGACUAUGCAAGUUCGCUAGCACAGAAAAACCCUUUCAUCACUUUCGUGUUAGGUGGCCCCGGGAGUGGAAAAGGCACUCAAUGUGAAAAGAUAGCCGAGACGUUUGGGUUCACCCACCUGAGUGCUGGAGAUUUGUUAAGAAAGGAAAUCAUUUCCAACAGUGAAGAGCAAAAUACUAUCCUCGACAUAAUCAAAGAUGGAAAGAUUGUCCCUUCGGAAGUGACUGUCAAACUGAUCUUGAAGGCGAUGGAAUCCAGUCAUAGUGAUAAGUUCUUGAUUGAUGGCUUUCCACGAACAGAAGAGAACCGCGUCGCAUUUGAACGAAUUAUUGGGUUAGAACCAAAAGCAGUGCUCUUUUUUGAUUGUCCAGAAAAGGAGAUGGUGCAAAGAGUGCUAAACCGUAAUCAGGGGCGAUUAGAUGACAACAUAGAUACAGUCAAGAAGCGUCUUAAAGUGUUCAAAACAUUGAGUCUUCCUGUUGUUGAAUACUACUCCAAGAAAGGGAAACUGCACAAGAUAAACGCGGUAGGAGAUGAAGAUGAGAUUUUCGAACAAGUUCGCGCUGUUUUUGGCGCACCAGAGGUGACUAACUGACUGUGUACCUUAAUGUUGACUGCUUCAUUUUGGGGGCUGGUGGUGAUAUCUACUAAUGUCAAGUGGAUAAAACCCAAACCACACAAGCUAGCGGGAGGACCCUAAAAUUGGUGGGGGACUAGAGAAUUUGAAGGGCUGGCUGAUGAUAUCCUCCUACAUAUUUCUAGACUAUGUACAGAAACAAGGGCCAAGGCCCUUUCUUUGCAAGUUGCAACUCUCUCGCUUGCCCUUCCGUCCCCCGGAUGUAAAACAACGUUGCAGGAGCUGCUAAAACGAGACCAAUUGGUUCAGCAAUAGAACCCCAAAUUGUUGGUUGGGGCAUUUUCUCCAACACAUUUGGCUCUUAAUGGCGGAAACGAGACUAUAGUUGGUUCUUUCCUUUUUUUUCAUGCUCUGCACGAGUGGUUAUGUUGACGAGGCCACCAGGUGUUCGAUCA